UUCCAACUCGACAUUCUCUUAAUGAACCCACGACUAAAAAGAUGACCGACAAAACAGCUGAACUUUGCCUGAAAAUUGGAGAUGAAGAAAAGGAUGAUUUCACAUUGGAAAUUGAAAAGCUUCAGGCCACUCUUCAAGAAAUGCUCGAUUGCACGAGCAGCCCAAGCACUUCACUAGAUUCCACUGACAAACUGCCAUCCGGACUUGCUGCUCGUCGACUGAUCCGUAUUGCCAGUGAACAUCAUCAUAUUUCCACGACAUCUUCUUGCCAUUCGGACUCUGGAAACUCUUCAUCUCGAGACGUCAUCACCCCGUUUACAGUACAUGGCGGAGCCUCAAUUGGACGACUCAUUCUGAUUGAUAUUGUGCGACGUGAUGAUUUAAUUGGAAUUGUUCAUCCUAACGAUAUUCUUUUAACAAUUGAGAACAUAAAAGUAUCAGGAAUGGUAAGAUCUGAAGUGAAUAGGAUAUUGGAAGAUAUGAUGAGAGAACAUGAUCAAAUUGCGAUUGAAAUUCUACCAGCUGGAGCAAUUACCGAUGAUAUUUGUGAACUACUGGCCGAUAGAAAAUCAUCUGGUGAACUUCAGACUAUCAUUCGAGAAAAUUUAUAUCAGAAGACAGUUCCUUACACAACUCGACCUCCACGAGAAGGUGAAGUUGAUGGAGAACACUAUCGAUUUGUGUCUGUAGAUGAUUUUAAUAAGCUUCUCGACAGUGGUGACUUGCUCGAAAAUGGUACAUAUCAAGGUCAUUUGUACGGAACUCCACGACCUGUCGAGUGUUAUGCUGAUGACGAUAUGAUGCUGAUGGGAUCGGAAGGACUGUUACCACCGAAUUGGGAGACGGCUUAUACGGAAAAUGGGGACAAGUAUUUCAUUGACCACAACACUGGAACAACAACAUGGGACGAUCCGAGAGAGCUGCCACCUGGAUGGGAGCAAGUUGAUGAUCAGAAUUAUGGCACAUUUUAUGUGGACCAUAUCAAUCGAAAAACGCAAUACGAACGACCGUACGGUUUUGGUGGAUCAUCUGCCACAAUAGAUCAACCUGUCAAAUAUGGAACUCUACCAUCGUCUACAAACCAUAAUCAUAAUAAUAUUUAUUCACAUUAUAAUAGUGGAACACUAAAAUCCUCGUCAUCGCCUAGAGACUCUGGUUUUGAUAGCUCGCCGACACGAUACCGAAAGUUUGGAGAUCCACCAGAAACGGCGACUUCUUCCGCUGACUAUGAUCAUCACUCGAAAAUGUUCAGCAGGUCUUCGAAUCCGUUGUUCACGACGGAUCCAGCAAGAUUAGGUGGAGAAUUGAUAUCAACAAAGAUAGUGAAAGGAGCCAAAGGACUAGGAUUUACACUUAUUGGAAAUGAUUCGUCAAGUCGAGGCGAUGAGUUUAUUCAGGUGAAAUCUGUACUUUCUGGAGGUCCAGCCGCCGCAAACGGAGUGCUACGAAGUGGUGAUAUUUUAGUUCGAGUCAAUGGACGACUCUUGCUGGGUGCCACUCAAAAAGAAGCCUGUGACGUAUUUGUAGCAAUUCCGGUCAAUGAAGCUGUCGAUAUUCAAGUAUGCAGAGGAUAUGAACUGUUUAUCGACCCGGCAAACAGAAUUGUCACUGAAAAUGUGUAUGCUGCUGCAAAGAGUCGAGAUCUUCACGAAAUUGAUAUCUUCAAAGGAUCUGAAGGAUUUGGAUUCACAAUUGCCGAUAACUUGAAUGGACAAAGAAUUAAGAAGAUUUUGUUCCCAUCACAGUGUCCAAAUCUAAUGGAAGGUGAUACGAUCGUUGAACUUGACGGAAGAAAUGUUCGACCUAUUCCACACACUCAACUGGUUGACAUGCUCCGUGAACGACCAAUCGGUUAUCGAGGGAAGCUUGUUGUUAAAAGAGGAUCUCCGAAGACUAGGUCAAGAACACCGUCUGCUGCCUUCAGAUAUGGAGAACCACAAACGAAUAUGAUGGAUUCAGCUGCUCCGCUUCCUGUAAGAUCAAAGACGCCAGCAGAACGACAGACAUCUAGAACAGAAGAAGAUCAGAAUGUGAGGAACACGUUACAGAGGCAGCCAGCCGUUACAUCAGAGUGGGAAGGAAUGAGCAGCGCUAUACCUGCAAGUCGAAUGCGACCGUCUUCAACAACACUGGGUUUCGCAACUCCAAACUACAUUCCACUGAGCCAAUACAAUCAAAAACCUUCCGAUCUCAUAACGGUCUCAUUGAUUCGAAAACCUGUUGGUUUUGGAUUCCGGCUACUUGGUGGAGUUGAAUCCAAAACCCCUCUAUCGGUUGGACAAAUUGUGAUAGGAGGGGCAGCGGAAGAAGAUGGCCGAUUGCAGGAAGGAGAUGAAAUUGUCGAAAUUGAUGGACACAAUGUUGAAGGUGCAUCUCAUUCUGAAGCUGUUGUCCUCCUCGAGGCUGCUGCUCAAAACAAGCAUGUCAAGUUGAUAGUGCGACGACCGUCUCGAACUGAUCCAGCACGACGUGGAUCUCUCAACUCAGCUGGUCCAUCUGGAUCAUAUGAUGUUCUUCUUCAUCGGAAUGAGAAUGAUGGUUUCGGAUUUGUUCUGAUGUCUUCUCAACACAAGAACGGAUCAACAGUCGGACAAAUACAACCUGGAAGUCCCGCAGCUAGAUGUGGCAGGCUUUCUGUUGGAGAUCGAGUGAUUGCAGUCAACGGGAUUGAUAUUCUCAGCCUAUCCCAUCCGGAUACAAUCUCACUCAUCAAAGAUUCUGGAUUAUCGGUUCGAUUGACAAUAGCUCCACCAAACACAGCUGGACCAGUUCUUCCGAUGGUUUCUGCAACGUUGGGUCGCAAUUUCACAAUGAAUGGGCACUAUGAAUCAAAUUACGGACUUCCGCCACCACCGCCAUCGGUUUACGAGAAGCAUCCACCACCAUCAUAUCUUGCAUUUGAUGGGCUUUCUAUUAAUGAUAGAAUGUCAAUGAUAAAUUGUGGUACAAGUCAAGAGUCUCUAUUGGCUCACCUUCGAAGCUCUUCAGUCAUGGAUACCUACUCUGAAGAAAUGGAACUUUUGGAUAUGGAAAAGCAUCUGCGAACGGAAAUCUGAUUGAUGUCACUUUGGAGCGUGGCACCAAAGGGUUUGGCUUCUCUAUUCGUGGUGGGCAAGAGUUCGGAUCAAUGCCACUUUUUGUGCUCAGAAUUGCAGAUGAUGGGCCCGCUAAAGCCGACGGACGAUUACAGGUCGGCGAUCAAUUGACAACGAUAAACGGACAAUCAACAAAAGGAAUGAGCCAUGACGAUGCGAUUCGAAUUAUCAAACAACAUACGAUGGUGAACCUGACAGUGCUACGCAAUAGAUUGCCAUAGGCUUUAUUAUUAUGUUUUCCUUAUUUAAUUGUUAUUCAUUCUCUUAAUUGUUUCCAAGAAACGUUUAUCAAUUAUCAGUUUUUGAUAAUAAUGUUAAAUUACGAAUAUCUACUUACAAAAACAAAUCAACGAUGGGUCUCAUAUUGUCUUCUUAAUUUUUCCUUCUUUCUUCCUUCAUCUGACCUUUUUCAAGCUUUUGCCACCAGUGAUCCGAGUACCAUUUUCCCUCAAUUUUCAAUUUUUUUAUAUCGUUCUCAUUACAAGAUAAAAGUUUCUCGUAACA